GCCCACCUCCCCAAUGCAAGAGUCAACCAGUAUAUUCAUUCUUUCACCACUAUUCUGUCCACCUCUCCAAUGUAAGAGUCAACCAGUAUAUUCACUCUUUCACUAAUAUUCUGCCCACCUCCCCAAUGCAAGAGUCAACCAGUAUAUUCAUUCUUUCACCACUAUUCUGUCCACCUCCCCAAUGUCAGAGUCAACCAGUAUAUUCACUCUUUCACCAUUAUUCUGUCCACCUCCCCAAUGUAAGAGUCAACCAGUAUAUUCACUCUUUCACCAUCUAUUCCAUCAACCUCCCUAAUCACUGUCUAUCUGCCUGUGGUACAUAAGCAUGUACAAAAGAGUAUUUCUAAGAUAAGGGUGUAAUAGGCUAACCUAACACACACACAAUUGGUUCUAGUUCAAAUUAAUUUACUGUCUAACAAUCUGUCUGUGAUAUAUAUGCACAGCUAAGAGCUUGUAUAUAGACUAUGCUAACCUAACCUAACACACAUACAAUAAAAUAAACAAAUGUCAUAUGAUACAUUUUUUAUUUACAGAUAAAGUAUAUUUACAACACUACACAAUGAAAAACAUGAAUACGAUGGCUCAAUCUAUAUAUACAUGGACUCUUGCAACCAAAACAUCAUGAUAUUUCCUACACAAAUGACGGUGCAGAAAACAAAUGAAAAGAGUAAUGCAUGACAUGAUAAUAAUAAUAAAUUAAUAAAUAGAAUAAAAUAAAUGAGACAAAAAUAAAUAAGAAAAUAAUAAAAACAUCAAAAACAAUAAAAAAUAAAAAAUAAUAAUUCACAAAGGGACAUUAAGGUGGUGGUGGAUAUGUUCAAUGAUAUAACCAAUGCAGUGGAAUAUGUACAUGAUAAUCAUCUUAUGCAUCGCGAUCUUAAGGUGAGCCAUGGGGUGUGUGUUGGUAGUGUUGUAGGUGGUUACAAUUGAUCGUUUAUUUAUUUAUUUAUUUAUUUAUCUAUUCAUUUUAUUUAUUUAUUUUUUUUCUUUUUGUGUGUGUGUUGUGAGUGACUGAUUUUUCUUUCUUUUUUUUUUGUUUUGGUUUUAUAUUUGUUUUUUUUGGUUGAUAUAGUUGUUUCAUUCUCUUUCUUUCCCUCCCUCUCCCUCCUUCCCUGCCUCCAUUACAAACUCCUCUCCUCCUGUCCUUCCCACAGGCUUGCAAUAUCUUUCUCUCUCCUUAUCUCUGUAACUAAUUUCUCUCUCUCUCUCUCUCUCUCUCUCUCUCUCUCUCUCUCUCUCUCUCUCUCUCUCUCUUGCAGCCCUCCAACAUUUUCUUCUCCUUGGAGGGCAAAGUGAAGGUGGGUGACUUCGGCCUGGUCACCACCAUCGCGGAGGAGGAGCAGCAGGCCGCCUACACGCCUGCCACACACCUGCAGAGGUUCCCCACUGAACGCACGCAUACUCAUUGUGUUGGGACUCGCCUCUACAUGAGUCCAGAGCAGGUGAGUGGGCAGGUGUAUGGCAAGCUCUCUCUGAAGCCUGGACACAAUCUGCCCCCUUCUGAGGCCGCUGGGCCAGAUAUAUGACCCCGGGUGACCCGUUCCCCUACAGAGGUCCCUCUGUGUCUUAUCUACCCUACGUGCCAUGUCAUCAACUUUACCGCAGCUCCCUCCUCAAGCUGAUGCUGUCCCAGGACCCAGCGUGCCGUCCCAACACACACGGUCUGAGAGCCCGGCGGCCGCUGUGUCCCCUGCAGGGCCACAGCGUGGAGGACAUCUUGCCAGAGGACCACUUCUGCCUGUCCCGCCAACGCUCCCACUUCACCGCCUCCUCCUCUUCCACUACAUCACUCUCCGCCUCCUCCACCACCUCCACUUGAUGAAGGCCAACACGGGUCAUCACAGAAGCGCAGCCAUGCCCCAAGAUAUCCCUCAUUGACCUGCAUGAGGCUGGUGUAGGUGGUCAGCUGCAAGAGGACACGAGAGGAAUGCUUAUACUAAGGUCUGGAUCUCAUUCUAUAAAUCUAUCUUUUUAUUUACUAUCUAUUAUUUACAAAUACAAAGAUGCAAUAUGUAGUCACAAACAUACCACAAAGUUUUUUUUUUUUCCCCCUUUAUCCCAUUUGAAAAACCUAACAAAACAG